AUGCAGACAAUCAGGUCUCUGUUUUACUCCAAGUGGUCCUCAGAUGUGCGUCUGGAUGGGAGGACUGCUAUAGUGACGGGUGCCAACACUGGCAUCGGCAAAGAGACGGCUAAAGACCUGGCAGGGAGAGGUGCACGGGUGAUUAUGGCAUGCAGAGAUACAGUGAAGGGAGAGCAAGCUGCCCGUGACAUCAUGAGGGAGGUGAAGGGAGCCAAGGUCGUCGCCAGGCAACUGGAUUUGGCCGACACCAAAUCCAUCUGCCAGUUUGCAGAGAAUAUCUACAACACUGAGAAGGCUCUUCAUUAUCUGAUCAACAACGCGGGUGUGGCCAUGUGCCCUUAUUCCACCACAGCAGAUGGAUAUGAGAUGCAGUUUGGUGUCAAUCAUUUGGGUCAUUUCUUCUUGACCUUCCUGUUACUGGACCUGCUGAAGCACUCGGCCCCGUCUCGAGUUAUCAACGUCGCAUCGGGAGCCCACGCCAUGGGCAAGAUCCAGUUUGAGGACCUGUGCAAUGAGAAGAACUACCACCCUAUUAAGGCCUACGCACAGAGCAAGCUCGCUAACGUCCUGUUCACCAGAGAGCUGGCCAAAAGGACUGAGGCUCUAGGUGUGAGUGCAUAUACAGUGGACCCUGGCAUGGUGGACACUGAGCUGAUAAGACAUGCGAAGCGCCCCCUGCAGGAAAUGAUCAAGAGGUUCAGUUUCUUCGUCAAGUCCCCAGCAGAGGGAGCCUACACCAUCGUCUACUGCGUUGUCUCUCCUGAAACCAAACUGAUCACUGGAGGAUACUACAAGGACUGUGCAUACACAGAGAGUUCCAGGGCAGGUAAGGACGAUGGCACUGCCCUCAAGCUGUGGGCUGUGAGCUGCCACAUGCUCACUAUUCGCUGGAGAUGA